UCCUCUUUCAGGGGGAUGGCAUCCACUCCUACCAAGAAUGAGGAGGAGAAGGGCAGCUGGCCUGCUCAGGCACCGUCUCCCUUGAGUGGAGAGCUGAAGGUUUCAUUAUCCCGUUCUGAGGAAUUCCUGACCCGGAUCAGCACGGAACUCACGGAUGAAGCCUUGCUUUUGGCUUGCUGCCACAUGAACACUGUGCCUACCCAGGAAAAACAGACCAGAGACCAAGGGACUCAGAUAUCCAAGCACGGUAACCCCUUCUCAUUCAUCACCAAGACCCGAGGCACAGACACCCGCUCUGACAGAAACCGCCCCCGAACCAAGGCACACCUUCUGCCAUCCCCCCAUGCAAAGAAAAUGCCUCAUAGCUCCUCUUCAGCAACUCAUUAAACACUUCAGUUUUGGAGGGACUCUUGGUCAUGAGCAGCAUCAACUCUGAAGCCCCCAAAGUGUUCUGGAACCAUCAUGUGACUCUCCACCCUCAGCCGACAAGGACACCACCAGGAAUAAAAGGCUUUAAUAAACAGA